UCGAAUCGGUAAAGUUUUUUUUAUCAACCAUUAGAUUAUCUGUAUCUAAAUGCAUUUAUGUUUAAUAUCUGCAAUGUACUGAUAAUGGACUUCUUUCCUUUUUUUGUUUAUUUUUCUUUUUUUGUAGAAACUCUAUAGACCCACUAUGGAAAACACAUCAACUUUUACUACAUUUAUUCUGGACGGCUACUUUAUUUUGGACCAGCAGAAGCAUUUGUACUUCACUAUUUUUCUUUUUGUCUAUGUUGCAAUUGUUCUGCUAAAUGCGCUUCUGAUUGCAGUCAUCUACACUGAGAGGACGCUGCAUAAUCCCAUGUUCAUUCUUGUGUGCCAUCUAUCUGUUAAUGAUAUCUAUGGCAGCUCCAGUCUGAUCCCUCAUCUGUUAUUUAACCUCGCUACUCAGUUUUAUAAGAUUUCUCUGACAAACUGUCUGAUACAAAUAUACUGCCUGCAUACUUUCAAUAUUAUUGAACUAACUAUAUUGGCAGUUAUGGGAUACGAUCGAUACAUUGCAAUCUGUCACCCACUUCGUUAUCACAGUCUGAUGUCCCCCAGAAAACUUCAGAUUAUAGUUAUUUUUAUGUGGUUUUAUCCUUUGAUUACAUUUCUCUGUUAUGAGUCAUUAACUAUACGCUUAACUUUCUGCAAUGAAUUUAUUACUAAGACACACUGCAUCAAUUUUGAACUUAUUAAACUCUCCUGCACAGAUAUCACUGUUCACAGCAUUAUUGGCCUUUUUUUAACUAUGACGGUAUUUAUGCUUCCACAGAUGCUGGUGAUUUUGUUUUCUUAUGCACAGAUUUUGCGAGUUUGCCUUUAUUCUUCUAAAGAAUGUAAAACAAAAGCAGUUCAGACAUGUACUCCUCAUCUUCUCACUGUUUUAAAUUAUUUUAUCGGAUGUUUCUUUGAGAUCAUCCAAAGCAGGUACAACAUCAGCUAUUUGCCUUAUGACUUUCGCACUUUUAUGGCUCUAUAUUUUAUGAUAUUUCCACCUCUGUUUAAUCCUAUUAUUUAUGGUAUGAGUGGUCGUGUGAUAAGAAAUCUUGUUUACAAAUUCUUAUUUCAUAAAAAGGUGGGUGUCUUAAAACAAUAAGCAAU